AUGAGCGACGACACACUUGAAGCGGCGCCGCCGCACGCUACCUUCGACACCGUGCUCGUGUUGGAUCUAGGAUCCCAGACCAGUCAUCUCAUCUUGAGACGGCUGAGAUCUCUCGGGGUGUACUCUGAGAUGUUACCUUGCACUCAAAAGCUCAAAGAUCUUGCUUGGAAACCGGUUGGGAUUAUUCUUAGCGGGGGUCCGUCAAGCGUGUAUUCCCCCGACGCCCCAGGCGUGGAUCCGCUGGUGUUCGAGCUCGGUGUUCCUGUGUUAGGAGUUUGUUUCGGCAAUCAACUGAUUGCGUGGCGAGUAAACCCAAGCAAUGUGGCACCCGGCCAGACCCGUGAGUAUGGGGAAACCUCGAUGGCCAUCCGCAAGGUUGGCAGCCAUGCCGAUCGGCUCUUCGAGGGAUUGGGAGACUCUUUGAACGUCGUAAUGAGUCAUUUUGACAAGGUCGUUCAGCUACCCGAAGGCUUUGAGACCAUUGCCACCACCAAGGACAGCGAAUUUGCUGGCAUUGCCCACCAGUCUCUACCUAUCUUCGGCAUUCAAUUCCACCCCGAGAUCUCCCACACAGAGCGGGGAACUGAUAUCCUCGCCAACUUCGCUCUCAAGAUCUGCGGUGCCCGAGCGGACUGGAAAAUGGACAAUUUCUCAGAGAAGGAAAUUGUUCGCAUUCGGAAACUGGUUGGCGACAAAGCACAGGUUAUUGGAGCUGUCUCUGGCGGUGUCGACAGCACUGUAGCCGCCAAGCUGAUGAAAGAAGCUAUUGGAGACCGAUUCCACGCAAUCCUUGUGGACACUGGUCUCAUGCGUCUGAAUGAAUGCGAUCAGGUUAAACAAACCUUGGACAAGUAUCUAGGAAUUAACCUCACCGUGGUGGACGGAUCCAAGCUUUUCUUCGACCGUCUUGCAGGGGUCACAGAGCCCGAAGCUAAGAGGAAGAUUAUUGGAGGGACUUUUAUUGACCUCUUUGAAAUUGAGGCACUCCGCAUAGAGAAAGAGGCAGAGCACACACCGCUUGCCGGAAAGGUUGAAUGGUUUCUCCAGGGAACACUUUAUGCCGAUAUUGUAGAAAGCUUGAGUUUCAAGGGAGCCGCCAGUUCUACAAUCAAAUCUCAUCACAAUGCCGGAGGACUUCCUGCUCGCAUGCAAAACGGCGAAGCGCAACUGAAGCUCCUUGAACCGCUUCGAGAGCUUUUCAAAGACGAAGUACGGGCGUUCGGACGGCAACUGCAGAUCCACGAGGAGCUCAUUGGGAGACACCCCUUCCCGGGACCCGGUUUGGGUAUCAGGAUUAUCGGCGAAGUCACCCGCGAGCGAGUCGAAAUUGUGCGCAAGGCAGAUCACAUCUUCAUCUCCAUGAUCCGAGAGGCCGGGAUCUAUGACGAGGUUCGACGCGACCACCUGUCAUCUAUGAGAAAGUUUACUAAAGAAAUCUUCCAGGUCACCCAAGCCUACGCCGCACUUGAUACCAACAGAGCCGUCGGUGUACAGGGAGAUGCCAGGGUCUAUGGCUACAUUUGCGUUCUGCGAGCCGUAACCAGCUUGGACAUGAUGAGCGCCGAGCCAUACGAAUUCAAGUGGAGUCUCCUCAAGGCUAUUAGCAGGCGCAUUGUGAACGAAGUAGACGGCAUCGCGAGAGUCGUAUACGACACUACGUCAAAACCUCCAGCGUACACUCCGUGCACCAAUCCCAUCCCUCAGUGGUCGCCAAAUAUUCUGGCCGCCAUGGCUUGUGACAAAGACGACAAUCUGUUGCUUGAAUGGAAUUGGAUUUGUCCAAAUGUUUCCAUGGAACCGCAAGUGAGCGUCUGUCUCAAGCGGACAGACUGGGUGGCCAUUUGCAACAUUGCGUCUCGAGCUAAAAACGGAGUGCCUUGCAACUUGCUUUCAAACUACAGAGCCGGUGGUAGCUCUCUUGCGCGUCUGCUAGAAUUUGAAGACGGAACCCGCUGGGUCGCCCGCGUCCAGCUGCGCGAGUCGACUCCAGAAACCUCCCGGAAAUCACGCAUCGAAAUCGAUACUAUGAUGCUGCUGGCCGAGGCCAGGGCCCCAGUGCCUCAUAUCUUCGCGUUCGAACUUGACGAUGCCAAUACAUCGCGCUCUUCUUUCGUCCUGCUCGAAUUUUUGCCUGGCAACACAGCCGCAGAUCAAGCUCGCGGCUAUGAAAGGGUCGAUUGGGGCCUUAUUCCACGCCAGCAUCGUCAGAAUUUCUACCAGACAAUGGCGGCUGCACAUGUCCAGAUCGCCUCAGCCCGUCUUCCACAGAUUGGUGCUGUUACCAGCCACGCGGACGGGAGCUUCACCGUGGGUGCUAUCCCAGGCAUCGGUGGACCGUUCGAUACAGCAGCAUCCUUCAUCGAGGCAUGGGCUUCUGUUCUAAAGUUUCCUUAUGACGAAAGCUACCUCCGACGCAAUCUACCAGCGUCAGUAAUUGACGAAAUCCUGGAAGGAAACAAGCAAUUUCCAAGCCGGCUUGCCGAAUUGGCCAGUAGCGGUAGACAUUUCACGCAAAAAGGACCAUUCCCCAUUCGCCACGCCGAUCUCUUCCACAGCAACGUUAUCGUUACUAAAACCUACAACGUUCUAGGCGUAAUCGACUGGGAGGGCUCCUACGUGUUGCCCUGGGAGCUGGUCGACACCCCCUGCUUCCUGUCUACGGUGCCUCGCCUUCUAAACCUACCGGAACAGUAUGAUGAGGGAGGCUGGCCACUGGACCAAGAUGAGGUAGGGAGGUGGGCAGACGAGGAAGCUUAUGCAAAAAUGGUGCGGGAUGCUGAGCAAAAUGCUCAUGCAGAUCACAGACUUUCAGAGACUCUCGCCGACCAGGACGCUCGGAAUCUGGCUAGUACCAUUCAUCUAUACUCCCAGGGCAAGAUGGGAUUUUACGGCCGGGCUUUGGCUUACUUUGAAAGGAAAUACCACGCGCCGUCUUCGGUAUCGCAUGCACAGGGCUGA